AUGUACCGCACUGUAUCCAUAAGAAUAUAUUUUUUUUUUAUUUCUGUGUACAGUAUCGGCGUGGGAAGGGCACAUUUCGAAAAGCAACCACCGAGCAAUCUGAGAAAAUCCAAUUUCUUUCAUUUUGUGAUCGCACUGUACGACAGGUCUCAGCAGCCAAUUGAAAUCGAACGGACCGCGUUCAUCGGAUUCAUCGAAAAGGAUCAGGAAUCCGAGUCACAGAAGACCAACAACGGUAUUCAGUAUAGACUGCAGCUGUUGUAUGCUAACGGUGUGCGACAAGAACAAGACAUAUACGUGAGGCUCAUCGAUACCGUUACGAAACAGGCCAUCAUUUACGAGGGUCAAGACAAGAAUCCAGAGAUGUGCCGGGUGUUGCUCACGCACGAAGUCAUGUGCAGUCGUUGCUGUGAUAAGAAAAGUUGCGGUAACAGAAACGAAACACCAUCCGAUCCGGUCAUCAUCGACAGGUAAGAUUGAUAAUAAUAUUAUUAUACGAUUUGCGUACGAACAUAAUAUGGCUUUCUAAAGUUUAUGUAUAUGUAUAUGUAUACCUAAGUUUAGUUUCGUGUUAACCACAUAGUGCAUAGGUACAUUAUAUAUAAUACAGAUGUUUUCAGAGUUCCUUUAUUUUAAUAUAUUACAAUAGAUGAUAUAUAGCCAACAGAUAGUAAUAAUAAUAUUAUGUUUUUUCGGCUAUUUAUACGUCCGACCGUCAUGAUGUGUUUGGCAUAAAAAAAAUAGAAAGACUAAUGCUCUCUCACCCUCUUUAUUUUUGGUCGACUUUAGCACUUAGAAAAAAAAAAUCAUUCGUUUCUGUUAUGCUCUCUCUCCCCCAAUACUUUUAUAACGGAAUGGUUUAAAUACCACAAAGAGAUCCGCACACUAAUAAGCCGUCCCAGCGGGUGGGGUGCUUUGAACAAACUUCUGCUCUUUCGCCUUUUAUCUAACGUUGUCCUCCCCCAGAACCAAUUAAAACACCACAAGCGCCCGGUAUUUUUGUUUUAUGUAAUCGGUAAAACGAAAAAAAAACAAAUAUUGUACGCGAUAUCCCGCUAUAAAAACAUAAUUAGUGAUUGAGACUUCAAAGAGCGUCUCCAGAUUGUUUGGGAGAAUUAAAUUACAUGGCAAAAAAAAUCCUGGGUAAUUACUUAAAUGACUAAAGUGAAAAGGUAUUUUGUAUACGAUACUAUUCAUUAUCGAGAUUAAAAUGUGCAAUCAAAAUAAUCAAACAAUUAAGUAUACCUUAAAUUAAAAAGUCAUAAUGUGCAGCUCGACGGGGUUAAAACUUUAUGAGUUAAACAUUACUUUAUGAUAACAUCCCAAAUAUUAUUGCAAUCGACACCGACGUCAGGUAUACCGUAUACCUAUAUUUAAUGCUAAUUAAUAAAAAUGCUUUACAUAACAUGCUUUAUUAACUAUUAUAUUAUAAGAACUUAACAACUUCUUUCGUGGUAAGUUUUGUAAUGG